AUGUGGUAUAACAAUGUUGAUAAUGGAAAUGAUAAUCAAGGCGCGGGGACAAUAGCAGUGGCAAUCGGCGAGGGUGUCUCCAGCCAAAAUGCUUUGAAAUGGGCUAUUGAUCAUCUCGUCUCUAGAUCUACCACCCAUGCUCCUAUCAAGCUUGUCCAUGUUAUUCACCAAUCUAAUUCCUAUAAUAAACUUCAUGCAACUGAGAACAACCCAUCAAAUGAAGGGCAAGCUCAUGAUGCUCCAAAUACAGAUUUCUUGCUUCCAUUUCGUUGCUACUGUACACGCAAACGAGUACAAUGCGAGACUGUUCUACUGGAGGAUCAAGAUGUAGCUGAGGCCUUAGUUGAGUACAUUUCCCGCCAUGGCAUUGUGAGUAUUGUUGUUGGUGCGACAUCCAGGACUGGUGGGUUAACAAGGCAGAGUCCUGAAGUUGGCACCACAUUUGCUCAGUAUACACCAUCAAACAAGGAAGGGUGA